AUGCGCCUCUCUGUAACCUCUACCCUCGCCCUCCUCGGCACGCUCUCGUCGCUCGUUGUGGGCACAAAUGCUGCUCUCAAGGGCGUUUUCGCUCAUUACCUGGUCGGUAGCAUGGGCGGCGCCGACGAAGCCGUAAAAGACGUCCAAGAUGCCCAGAAAAUGAGUCUGGACGCCUUCGCACUCAACGUGCAGGAUCCGUCGGCCUCGUGGGCCACGGACGCCAUCCAGCUGCUCUUCACUGCCGCCGCGGCCAACAACUUCAAGCUGUUCUUCUCGUUCGACAUGUCCGUCAUCGAUCAGCCGUCGACCUUCCUCCCCCUCUUCAAUCAGUACCAGAACAACCCGGCGUACUAUCGACAUGACAACCGGCCCUUCGUCAGCACUUUCAACGGCGGUGCGAAGUCCUUCGGAGCGAGCAGCCCGAACGCUGGGUGGCAAGCCCAGUUUAAGGACAUCCUCAGCUCGCAAGGAAUCAACCCCUUCUUCGUACCCGACUUCGACGACUAUGGUGGCGCUACGUACGACGCCAACUUCUUCAACAACUACCCAGUCGUCGAUGGGGUUAUGAGUUGGGAGAGCGCGUGGCCGGAGGUAUCGGAUGGUCUGGUCAACGUCAGCUCCUCCAAGGACCAGACCGCCUUGACCAAUGCCCGCGCAGCGGGAAAGCUCUACAUGAUGCCACUCUCAUCCGUGCAGUUCAAGCACAUCGACGGCGGUCAGAACUGGUACCGCAUUGGCGAGCUGAACCUUCCGCUGCGCAUCGCCCAGGUCCUCGCGCUCCAGCCAGACUUCGUAGAAAUCAUCACCUGGAACGACUCUGGCGAAAGUCACUACAUCGGCAACUGCUGGCCGGAGGCGAUCGCGGGCGCGCCCGCCAUCCAGGCGUACUCGAACGGCUACGACCACACGCACUGGCAGGACGUCCUCGCGCCGUUCAUCGUCGCGUACAAGAACGGCGCGACCAGCCUCUCCUCCGUGACGCCGUUCGGCGCGUUUGCCGGAGCGUUCUGGUACCGGCCGCUCUUGAAGGCCGCCUCGUGCUCCGGAGACGGUCUCGGGAAGCCGAGCGGAUGGCAGAACGCGCAAGACCUCAUUAAUAUCGCGAUGCUGCUACCGUCGACUUCGUCCGGAGUGACGCUGCGGGUGACCAGCGGAGGCACCGUGGUCGCGACGCUGGCGACUAAGCCGGGGCUGAACUUUGCGUCAGUGCCGAUCCGGACGGGAUCGCAGCGCAUCGAGCUAGUGGCGGCGGAUGGAUCGAUCAUGGGUGCGGGAAGCAGUACGCAGGACGUUGUGUCGGACACGAGCGGCGUGUGUAACUUCAACUACCAGGUGGUGCAUAUUGCUUGA